GACAUUAAAAGACGGACUAUCAACAAAACGAGCGUCGAAUCGAUGGUCGAUAAAAACGAAUAUCUCUGGCAGGUUGUACUGAGAAUUUGAACUGAUGAGUGAUAUUAUUCAUUCAUGAUUUUUGCACACAUCUUUCAACUGGGAGCAUGCCAGAGUUUGGUAACUCGCAAAGUAAAGUUAGCUUGCUCGUUGGCGGUCAUCAGAUAACAGUAACUUCUAAGUCCUCGCCCUUCACAAUCUACAAGGAGUGUAUAUCUCACCAUUGCUGGACUUUAUAACACACCAUCAUGGUGCUGAAGAUUUUCUUCCCGCAGUGCUGCAAUACUGCUGACAGUGGCCUGCUGGUUGGACGCUGGAUCCCAGGUCACAAUUCAGCCGUCGUACUGGCUGUCAUCCACUACCCCUUUAUACCGGGUCAGGUGAAGAAAUACUUAAAUGAGUUACAGAGCCAGACACAAGUUGAACUAAUUGUCCUGGGCUCCUGGAGUAUGCCCAAAGAAGGCCAAGAAGGAAUGGAGAGCUUUCUAAAGGACCUGAGUACCAUCUUUCCCCAGAAGUGCUGGCUGCAGUUGAGUCGUGAGAUUGGCAAAAUAGGCUUUACUUGUCACGUGGUCCAAAGCAACGAAAAACUUUUACAGGACCCGGAGCAAGAGAAUGAAGAUGGUAGCAGUGAGAAAGAUCAGAUCACCCUCAUUCAUUAUGAUCAGAGAAAGGUUAUGUUGUCCCAGAUUCACCCAGUAAAGGAGGUCAAGUCUGAUUCUGAACCGUCAGAGCUGCGUCUGGUCUUUCAGACGGUAGCACAGAGUCAGCUUCUAUUUUCACAAGACAAAUAUGACGAUGGGCCGCUCAAGCUCACCCACUGGCAGUCUGAAGGCCGGGAGGCUAGUAUUAUUGCAGAACUUCUUAAACAAGUAUCGGUACCAGUUUGUGUCUUUCUAACCUGGUUACUCUCACUGUGGCACUACUUCUGUAGCUUUAGGAUUUUUAAUGUACGCCCAGUGCUGUUCAUCUCAAGCAAGUUGUCAACGUGUGUUCAGUCAGGACACAGGGCGCUUAAUUUUGAGACGGCUUUCUCUACGAAAAGAGUUGCAACACACACAGAUUUCAUGAGAAAAGCAAACAUUUUUGUGUCAUUUCUCGUGGACAUAGCCCUUGGUUUGCUGCUUAUCUCGUGGCUUUACAGGGAGAAUCGUAUCAGCAAACUAGCCAAUACUCUAGUACCUGUGGCUGAUCGUGUUGCUAAGGAGCUGCAGGAGCUGUUAGAAUGGCUGAUGGGAGCUCCAGCUGGACUGAAGAUGAACAGAGCUCUUGACCAGGUCCUGGGGAGGUUCUUUCUCUACCACAUUCAUCUGUGGAUCAGUUAUAUCCACCUGAUGUCUCCUUUUAUUGAGAGGAUAUUGUGGUAUGUUGGCCUCUCAACCUGCUUGGGAUUGACCUUUGCCCUUUCCAUACUGUCCGACAUUGUGGCCCUUCUGACUUUCCAUAUCUACUGUUUUUAUGUGUAUGGGGCCAGACUUUACUGCCUGAAGAUCUAUGGCCUCUCCUCCCUUUGGCGACUCUUCAGGGGGAAAAAGUGGAAUGUGCUCAGGCAGCGUGUUGACUCAUGCUCAUACGACCUGGACCAGUUGUUCAUUGGCACUUUGCUCUUUACGAUUCUGCUGUUCCUGCUUCCCACCACUGCGCUGUAUUACCUUGUCUUUACACUGCUGCGGCUAGUGGUUGUGCUUUUUCAGGGUGUGAUUCAUUUAAGUGUUGACUUCAUCAACUCCUUCCCCUUGUUUGCCAUCGGCCUACGUAUCUGUAGACCGUACAGAUUGGCAGAGGGUGUUAAAUUCAGCGUGCUUUGUGAGGAGCCCGGAACUCCUCUUCACCUUAUGAUGGAGAUCAACCCAAUAAAGUUUAGCUCUGUGCUGCAGCUGUACAGGGCACCUACGUACAGCUGUAACCCGAAAGAUUCCUGGGCAGCUCUGUGCAAGAAACUGUUUGUUGGAGAACUCAUUUACCCCUGGAAACAGAAAAAGAAUGCCAAGACAGACUAACCAGACAUAUGCUUGAUCAGAGAGGGUGCUGGGUGACAAUUCUCUGUCAUUCCAGUUUCAUGCUCCAGAACUUAAUUUUAAAGAAGACUGAGCAGAAAAUGAAUGCACUCACUUUAGAAGAUAGUCUACAACAUAGUGUUUUAAUAAAAAGGAAGCUUACAUUAAUUAUAUAAAUCACUUCUUGUUUCUAAACAUUAAUCAGAAUAUUUGAUUGAAACUCUGAUUUUUGUAUGUAAUUUUAGUCAUAUUCUACUAUGUAAAGAUGUGGCAUUUUUAAAAUAAUUGUAUUAAUGGACCAAUCACUGUAUCAAAAUCAUAGUCUUUGGAAGUCUAACUUCAGCUCACUGCCGAAGCCAGUGCAAAGAGAAUAGCUGGUAGAAGUUUGACAGGUGUUUGUAAAAUGGGGCCAUACAUUUAGCUGACUAACUGUGAAACUGGUACUCGCUGUGAAAUGAUGUGUUAUAUUAAUGUUGCCAAAUUAUUGUUUUGUAGUUAGGAUGAUUGGUGUAAUGUAAUUUUAAAAUAAGAUUUAUAUAAUUCCAGAUGGUCAUAAUCAAAAUGUAAAUGUGUGCCUUUAAUUAAAAAGUACAUAAUUCUACCACAAUAAAAUGACAUUAA